AUGGCCAAGGAUAGAUUAGAUCUAAAGAAUUUAAUUCAGUCUUUUAAAGAAGCUUUACAAUAUUGGCUGGUAUGUCUUGAGAGCUCUAAUACUUCGCUCUCAGAAAUAAAGGCUGCAGAAGUUACAAAUCCAUUAGAAGAGUUAGACAAAUUAGCAAAGCUAAUUAGAGCUCAUACGACAAAGGUUGGGAUUGUGUUCAAACCUGAAACUCUUAUAAAGUCAACUGAUGCAGCAUUUAAUACAUUGCAGAAAUUAUCUGAAAGUUUGGUAUUAAUAAUUUCACUUGUAAGCCAGUUGAAAAGUAAAAUAAUAUCGGACAUGUUUUAUAAAGAGAUCUUGAACAGUGUUAGAUUGCUUAUAGAAUCGAACAGCCAAUUUGCAGAUGAAUUGACGACCAUGGAAUUAGAUACUAGUGAAGGAUCUGAAACUCAAGCUCCAGCGUCCCACAGCGAAAAUGGAAUCGAUGGAAGAUUAGUUUCGGUAGGGAAGAUAUGGUCAAAUUGUGAUGCAUUAUCCAAGUUGGUUAAGGACGGAGAACUAGGUGUAUUGUCUAAAAAAAUAAAACAAAGCAUAAUUUUGAUAGAAGAUGGAUUAGAUGAGUUCGAAGAAUGGGCGGAAAACCCUGACGAUUUUGAUAUGGAUGAUGAUCCAUUUGGCUUUAGUGAUGAUGAAAGUGAAGAGGAAGAUGCACCUCCAACAAAUGAAAUCCCGGAAAAAGAAAAUGGAAACAAAGAAGGAAAGGAAAAUUUAAUUGAGUUUUCACAAUUGUGGUUAUCUAAAAUUAAGCUAAUCAAACUAUUAUUAACAUCAGUAACUAGAUCAUUACCUUCUGUUACGUCUGGCGAUAUAAUUAAUAAUAUAAACGAUGUUCAGCGUCUGCUUGUUAAUAAAAUAGAUACGCUUAUUGUCGAUUUGAUGAUGAGCAAAGAGGUUGAUGAAGAGAGUGUACUGAACUCGCAGGAUAUUACUAAGAUAUGUUACAAACUAAUUAAAAUUGUCAAAGAUGUUAAUAAAUCAAAUGACAAUAAAAUUAAGUGGUGUGUUGCUUGGGACUCUAAGUUCAAGGAAGGUUUAUAA